AUCACACCAAAUUUUGAGAUUAAAGAUGUAAUAUUAGAAAAUAAAUAUAUUAUUUCACCACAUAUUAGUAAAGUAAUUGCUAAUGAACUUUAUAAGUAUAUUGAGGCUUGGAAUCUUAGAAAUCAUAUUGUAUCAAUCACCACUGAUAAUAGGUCAAAUAUG